ACAAAAAAGAUGAAGUGAAAUUUGUGGUCUAUAUUUGAAUAGAGUUUAAUUGAGAAAACUGGCAACUAUAGUAAAUAAUUCGAAAUAAAUAUUUAUUUUAGAAUUCCAAGUUUAUAGAAAAUUAGAAUCAAAAUUCUCUCUUGGAAUUAUUUUCUACAAAGAAAAUUAUUUUCUCUUGCAAGAAAAAUACUUUUUGGUAAAAUAUUGCUAAAAAUAACAUCACAAAAUUAAAAAAAUAUUAGGGGAGACCGGGGUAAAAAAAGUCAAUUUGCAUAAAUCCUUAUCUGCAGGAUUCCCCAAGGACAAGAAAAUUUCCUCAAUAGGUCAUUCUUAUAGGAAAUUUCCUGGCCUACAACUUUGUCUCAGACCACUUUUCUCUAUCUCCCCGGGAAAUAUGAGUUUUCGAGCUUUUCCUAAACCCUUCCGCUUCUGACUUUUUUUAAACGCGGCGGGUAAAUAUAGUCACCAGUUGGCUAAAUAAAGUCGGUCGAAUUUUCCGACAUUUCCAAUGAUUUUCCGCCUGAGAGAUUGAUAGUAGUUGAUAGCUAAACUUCUCACCUUUUGAUCCGCGACAAGGAAUUUCACUUUUAUAUGCACUAAAACAGAGAAUUUUGCGAUUUUCUCAAUCACGCCAUUUUGCAACAAAUGGAUAGAAAAUAUGUCGAAAAUUUCGAACUCCCAUAUGAUUUACAUGGGUUGACCCGAUCUACCCCAAGGGGUAUGUUUUGAUUCAAAUAAUUUUACAGAAAAAUCAUUAAAAGUUAUUGAAAAAUACACCUUGGCAACGUUUUCUGAAGUAACCCAGCUAGUGAGAAAAAUUAUCAGAUUGGAAAAUUGCUGAAGGAAAACUUCGGAAAACUCGUUUUUCUCAAUACGCAAAAGUUUGGGAAAUGGGCCAAAAAUUUAUUUUCUUUUUUAUCUCCCAAAGUACUGAUCACAUAACCUCCAAAUUACUGUCAAAAAUUGUAGGUGUAUAGGGCUUUCCACCCUAAUUUUUUCCGAUUUUUCCGAUUUAUAACUUGGGAGAAAUUGGCAUUUGAAAAUUCGAAAAUGACUCUUUUUACCCCGGUCUCCCCUAUUAUAUGUUUAAAAAUGUAGACAUGCUAAAUGUGAGAAAGAAAAAAAAGCCAUGUGCUAAAAACAAUCGUUAGAAAAAAAAGUGACAUAAGUUGACGUUUGACGUUAAGGAAAAAAUCGUAACUUUCAAAUUAGAAAAUGUGAUGUGAAACAUAAAAAACUGAAAGAAACACGGAUAAAUCGUCAAACGUUUUAAAGGAUUAAGAAACCUAAGGUUAAGAAACCUAAGGUUUAAGGUUAAAGAAGAAAUGUCAAACACUAAAAAAAAAUAAAACAAGAAAUGUAAAGCCAUUAAAUUGCAUUAACAAAUAGUUAAUUGUUUUUAAUAUCGAUCAACCAACCGUUUAAUUAUAUGGUUUAGGAAUCUCAAUCUUAGUCUUUGCAAACUUUGAACUUUGAAUAUUACAAAAAAAAAUUCUAAAAACACCCCCCAGAAUAGAUAAAUGGCUACAUUUCUGUCUAUUUAUUAUGCUUUUAAAUUUUUGAGGAGUUUUAAUUUCAAUUUUAAGAUUAAUAAACAUUUUAAAAGAGACUUAAAAAUAAAAAAAAAUAAUACAUCAAUGUUCAUUUUAAUCUUCAAAUUAUUUCUUUUAUUUUCUUCAAAGCUUUAGUUUACUGAAAAUAUUAUUACUCUAAAGAUUAGAUUUUUUUCUUCUAAAAAAUUUUUCAGCGACGUUUUGGAUGUAAUUAAUAAUAAAUGCAUUGUUCAGUAAGAUUCAUCGUUGUUCUCUGGUAAUCAAAAUGGAACAACAGAGAGAGUUUUAGUAUCUAAAGUAAAUAAAAAAAUGUAUUCUAUGGAAUAAAUUAAUUUAUUUUCCAGUUUUCGUUGGUUACGACAAGAAUCACAAACAAAUUGAACAUUAGUGAAUCCUUAUCUGGGUAUUUUUGUGGGAAAUUGUAUGACCACGAUAGGGGAGUAUUACGAGAUGGAGUAUUUGGAUGAGAAGGAAAUAUAUAUAUGCCAAAGUGAUGACAACAUCAAUUCGAUAGAUUAUCAUUUUCUUAUGUUUCAUUCCCUUUUGUGGCAGGGACAACUCUCUCGAGAGCUUCUUAUCAUUACAAACAUAUAUGUAUACAGUAUAACAUUUUCAAAGGGAGAUAGUAAAAGAGAACAAGAGUUUCAAGUGCAUUUGACAAAUACAUUUACUUGUGAUACAGAAGAAUGUUUGUAAAGAAGAUUUUGACUUUGCAAAGUUAACAUUAUUUCUUUAAAAAUAUAAAUAUUAUCUUCAUAUUUUUCUCUUAUCCAAACUACAUAUUUCAUUCACAAAUAUGCAAAAUACAUCAGUAUUCUCAUUGUCUCUUCAUGUAUGGAUGUGUUAAAUAUGUUGUAAAUAUAUAAAUACAACAAUCUUGUCCAUAUACGAAUGGGAAAUAAAUAAGUAAAGGGGGGCAUCGAUGUAUGGUUAUGAUAUAAAGUGCGCCAAGAUACAUUCAAUUGUAUUAGAAUUUUCAACUCCAUUCGGUAUCAAUAUGCUGUGACGACAGCAUGAGUAUCAGUCGUCCGUGAGCAUUUGUUGGUGACUGAUUGCAUACAAAAUUCUCCUCAUUUCAUUCUGCAAAUUGCAUUUAUCCAGGGAAAAGGUCUUGUUGCAUUUUCCUCAGCAUCUCCCUACAAAUAAAAAUAAACUACAUUUUUGUGAAAAGGAAAAUUCUCAAGGGCAUAAAAUAUUUUUCAUAUUUAAAAGAGCGUUUGCGCGCAUAUGAAAAUAUAAAAUGUGAGGGAUUUUCCUUUAGUUCAUUAGUUAGAUUUUUCCUCUUCAUCGGAUAAGACGGUACAGAUAGCGGACGGAAUUUUCUGUGUCAAGUGCAACAAGUUGCUGAGAGUGACGAGCAAUAGGAAAAUACACAAAAAAGUACAUAAUACAAAAUUAUUUAUUCUCUCCCCCUUAAUAUAUACAUUUUCAAUCGAGUGAAGUGAAGUAUUGUGAAGUUGAAAAAAAAAGAACAACAAAGAAGGAACAAAGUAUGACUGAUAAUCGCAAGAAUGGGACGGACAGUGAGGUGGCAUGCGAGGAAGCUGCAAGACUCACGGCGGAACUUCAGGAAGAGGCGGGUUCACCCGAAGAUGAGGAUUCCUGUGAAUAUCAUGACAUGCCACCGCCUCCCGAUGGAGGCUAUGGCUGGGUCAUCGUGUUCGCAUCCUUUAUGUGCAAUAUGAUUGUCGACGGUAUUGCAUACACCUUCGGCGUGUUCCUCGGUGAAUUUGUAACCUAUUUCAAGGAGGGAAAAGGCAAGGUGGCAUGGGUUGGAAGUUUACUGAGUGGAGUCUACCUCAGUGCUGGUCCCAUUGUAUCUGCAUUGGCAAAUAAAUAUGGUUGUCGUACAGUUUGCAUCGCCGGAAGUAUUAUUGCGUGUACUGCCUUUGUUUUGAGUACCUUCAGCACUUCUGUAACCAUGCUAAUGCUCACUUAUGGUGUGAUGGGAGGUUUUGGCUUUGGUCUCAUCUAUUUGCCGGCUGUUGUUGCUGUGGGAUACUACUUUGAGACAAAACGUUCCCUGGCAACGGGUAUUGCGGUAUGUGGCUCGGGUUUUGGAACCUUUGCCUUUGCACCUCUGGCGACAUUUUUGCUUGAGUAUAUGGACUGGAAGAAUGCCAACUUCAUCCUGGCUGGAUUGAUUCUCAAUUGUGCCGUCUUUGGGGCUCUUAUGCGUCCGCUGGAGUAUCCGAAGAAGAAGAAAAUGAAACCACUCAUGCAGAGGAUGUACGAAGAGAAGCGUCUACAGCUGGAGCGGGGCUCAAUUGGGGGGUCCUACUUUAUGGUUCAACUACCCGAUGGGACAAUGGAGAAGCGGAUGAAGUUGCCAUUGAACACCGAGCCUGGAGUCCAUUCUAGUUUGGCAUUGGAUCAGAUGGCGGCUCAAGCACAAGGGGGUCUUCAUCCAGUAGCUACACUACCCACAAUUACCGAAUCAAAGGUGACGGAUCAUAAGGAGGAGAUGGAGCAAAGGGAGGCCGAAUCAAAGCCCAAAAGGCGCCCCCAUCGUGUCUCCGAAUCCGAUGGUUCAGCCGUUGAGGGUACCACAGCAAAAAAUAUGCCCCGCAAUGCUUCUCAACCUGCUUUCUCUACCCAAUCUCAAGGUAUUCCCAAAAAUGGUUCUGUUCCAACAUUCGAUCGCAUCCGAAAGACAUCACAGGGGGAACGCUUCAAGCCAUCCCUGGCUGCAAUAAAGGCUAGCUCACGUGGGAAUAUGGGUAGCAACAAUGGCGAAGUACGUAAGAAUACACAAUUAAAGCUGUCAUCAAACUCAGUUACCGGAAGCAGACCAAACAAUACAGACGACAGUGAUGGUGAGAUGGUUUACACGUCCAAGACUUCCUUGCCACGUGAACGUCCCGCAAUUGUAAGACCAAUGUCGCGCAAGGAUAUCUUCUACUCUGGCUCCGUGACGAAUUUGCGUGAAUAUCAGUCGCAGAAGUCACUCUCGCACUACAGGAACUCCGUGAUUUCCCUACCGAGGUACGAGAAGGUCAGCCGGAUGGAUGUGCGCGAUGGUGGGGAUGACGUUGAGCGUGGUGAGAAGUACGAUCUGUGCCCGUGCCUCGUACUACCGGAUUCCUUCAAAUCUGCCCUGGCUACGAUGCUGGAUGUGAGCCUGCUCAAGGAUCCCGUCUUCAUGAUGAUUGGAAUCUCAAAUGUCUUCGGCAUGGCGGGGCUCUAUGUGCCCUUUGUCUACCUCGUUGAUGCUGCUAUUUUGUCGGGUAUUAGUCAGAAUUCUGCCUCCUUCCUCCUCUCUAUUAUUGGCAUCACAAACACCUUCGGUCGUGUCAUCUGUGGCUACGUUGCUGACUUCCCUAAAGUUGAUUCUCUCCUUCUUAAUAACAUGUGUCUCGUUGUCUCCACCAUUGCGGUCUCGCUGACACCUUUCUGCAGCUCCUAUGGUGCCUACGUUGCCAUGGCCAUAUUCUUCGGUGUUGCAGUCUCCGGCUACAUUUCACUCACUUCAAUCAUUCUUGUGGAUCUCCUGGGAUUGGAUAAAUUGACAAAUGCCUUUGGCUUGCUGAUCUUGUUCAGGGGUGCUGCUGCCAUUGUUGGAUCUCCCCUUGCUGGUGCUGUCUACGACUCAACACAAAGCUACGAUAUUCCCUUCUACAUGGCUGGCUUUUUCUUCUUGAUCUCAACUAUUACAAGUUUCAUGGCGCCCGCAAUGAAGAGGUUCUCAAAGGCAGGGAAUGUACAACAGUACCCGGAGGAAGCUCUUACGCCAAUUGAUGAGGAACCCGCCGAAGAUCUCGCCGAUGAUGAUCAGCCCAUUACGAUGGUGCCAAAGAUUGUCCACACGGCACCAUCACCAUCCACCGAACAGCCACAGGGCUUCAAGGCUACCGACGACAAGGAGGUAAAUCAGCGCGAAUCUGUUCUCUGAAGACCAUCUCGGUACUAUCGGCACUUUAUUCGGUCGAAAGAUAAAUCCCUCUAAGCGACACGCGUAGGUAAUUUUAUAAUUUUAAUUUUUAAUUUUCAACGUCUCCCCAUCUUGUAAAACUACCCCCGUAAAGAAAAUAUUUUAAUUGUAAAUAUAUUGGAUGGUGCCACCCUAUGUGGGGUAGAGAAUUUUAUUUAUAAUUCAAUAUGUAUUCUGCGACCAAGAAAUCCUUGAAAUUGGGCCUUAUUCAACGACCAAGAAACCCUUAAAAUUUGCUUGAAAUCUUUAAAUUUCAGUACAAAAUUCAAAGAUUUCAAGGGUUUCUUGGUCGCUGAAUUAGGCCCACUAUUCAAAUUUCUAUAAUUUCAGGGAUUUCUUGGUCACUGAAUAGGACCCAAUAACAAUAAAUGUCGUAAAUAACUAAGGCCUCGAUCUUGUAGAAAAUCUAUACGUUUCUUACAAUUUUGUUUAAAAAAAAAUCAAGAUUUGAUAGAGCUAUAAAUAAAUGGUUUAAACCGUAGGGGAGAGCGGGGCUAAUAAAGUCACUUAAGGGUUUGAAAAAAGCUUAAAAUAUCAUAUUUCCUAGCAAAAUAGAACAAAAUGAUCUGAGAAAGAGUUAUAGUGCAGUAAAUUUCCUUUAGAAAUGAGCUAUACAUUUCGCUUUAUCUGUUUGGGAAAUAUGAUAUUUUGAGCUUUUUCUAAACCCUUAAGUGACUUUCUUAAUCCCGGUCUCCCCUAUAGCCGAGACACAUUUCGUGCUAAAAAGGAUGUAAUGAUUUCGAAAUUAUUUCUUGUGAAAAAAAAUUAAAACCUGAACAAAUUAAGAAAUUAUUCAAUGAUUAUUUAACUUUUUGGUCAAUUUACAAUUGCCAUAAAAUGCUGAGGGCACUUAUUGCCAAUUUUAUAGUAAAUGCAAGCCAACCAUAAUUUAUUAUAUAUAAUGUGUCUAGGCUGCUAUAAUUUUUGGUGUUUUUAAAAGUUUUCUUGUAAGAUAAGAUGAAAAUAUAAAAGAUCUUCAACAGAAUCGAGGCAAUAACUCAAUUUUGUAUGCGCAAAUUGAAAUUUAACAUCGUGCAACAUACUUUUAGUUCUCAAAUAAAAGUAAAUAAAAUAAACAUGUCUCUCAUAGACCUCCGUUAAGUUUUUAAAUUAUUCCUAAAUAUUUUGUAGAUUUUUUUUAGUAAAGAAUUUUGCUCGAUAAAAUUUUCGUUGAUAGGAAAAUCAGGAAAAUAAAAAAAAAUCCUUUAAAGCACCGAUGAAGAUCCUCUAACAGCUGAAAAUUCCUCGUUAGAAUUUUAGGAUCUUUUUUUUUACAAUUUUGAUCUGUUAAACAAAACAAAAUCGUUUUAUUACAUUAAAAAAAAACUUCUUUUUUACGGUUAGUUUUAUUUUUUUGCUGUUGGGAGGGUUAGUAUCUCUAAAGAAUCAAUAAGAUUUUUUUUCUUCAAGAUAAGUUUUUUUUUUCUGGGAGCUAAAUGGACAAAGGAAAACCUUUGAAAUCUAAAAAAUUCAACACAACUUUACUUUUUAAAAUAUUUCGUCCUUUAAGCCACCAAACAUCGCAUAGUGAGUUUCAUUUUGUAAAUAUUUCUUCUUGAAUCUUUCAUUACUUUUCGCAGAACAUUCAAUGGCUUUCAAAGAAUAAGAAUGUUAGUAAAAGACAUAGAUAAUCUUAGGAAUAAUAAAAAAACAAAGAGUUUUGCUAAUAAGCAUCAACAUUGGGUCUUAUUUAGCGACUAAGAAACCUUUGAAAUUCGCUUGAAAACUUGAAAUUUCAGUACAAAAUUCAAAGAUUUCAAGGGUUUCUUGGUCCCUGAUUAAGGCCCUUUAUUUGCUAAUUUAGUCAACGAAGUUUUUUUUGUAGACAAAACGGCCUAAUAAAUAUUUUUGGACUUUUUCUUCAAUUCUGAAAAUAAAAAAAAAUCUUAUCCAAAUUAACUUUUUUUUUGUUGCACGGUGUACCCCCCUGAAUACAAUAUUUACCCCUCCGAUGAAAAUGGACGUUAAUGACGUAGAAUAGCUUUGUAAAAAAAAAAGAAAUGAAAAAAUAAAUAAUUUUAGUUAUUUUAGAGAUUAACAUUCGUUCAAAUUAAUUUGUAAAUACAAUUAAAAAACAAAAAUUAAUAAUUUUUUUGCCGAAUUACUUCGGAUGAGCAUUAGAAUUUAUUAUGUUAUAUGCAUAUUUCUUUUACCAUAUCAUUUAGAUGGUUUUAGGUAUAAAGCAAAAAAAAGCGAUAGCAUGCGGCUAUUGUACUCAAACGACGAGAAAAGGAUUCGUUUUCUUUGCAAAUGCGAAUUUCUUUUUAAAAUAAUUAGUUUAAAGCUGAAACAAUGAGAAAACAAUGGAGAAAAAUUUGAAAAAAAAAUGCUAAAAAAUAGCAUUAAGAUGGACGAUUUAGCAUUUCAUGCGUUAACGUGUGGAAUGGGGAGAAAAAAAAAAGAUUUUGUGAGAAUGAGAAAAUAUAUUAACUUUUAAUUGCAAAGCACUGUGAUAUAACUCAGUGAGUUAAAAACAAUGUAAUAUUCUUGCUUGUGCUCAACAUCUGUGGGGUUGCACUUGCAGCUGAAUAAGGGUCACGCCCUUUAAUACCCAAAAGGGCUGAAAAAAUAUAUAAUAAUAUUUUUCUUCAAUUAAAAUGAAAAAAUUUUUUGGUUAAAAAAAUAUUUUUUUAAGUUUUGAAGAGAAUUUGAUUGGUGAAAAUAUUCUUUUAUUGACCACUUGAUUUUAUUCUCAAUGACUUUUCGAGAGUGGCUUACCUUCUUCAUCAGGUCAAUGGAACAAAAGAAAAUAUGAGAAAAUUUGUUAUUUUACAAUGAAUUGAUAAAGGAAUGAUCAGCACGUGUCUUAUAGACCUUAAAAGAAGGAGAGAUUUUUCCUCGAAACGUAAUUUCAAAGAAAAUACAAAAAAAUAAUUAAAUUGGGUGAAAAAUUUCAAAACAUUUUAUUAUUACACGAAUUUUUAAUUUUUUCUUCAAUUCCUCAACCCUCCGUAGAUCGUGAUGAGUAGGUAUUCGACCCCAGAGUCUUUUUGUCUUAUUAAACUUUUUUUUUUUUGAUUUCAUGUGAAGGUUGUUUUGAAAUUUCCGAUCAAUUUGAUCACGUAAUAUUAAAAAAAAAAAGAUUAAAAAUAUUUACAAGAAUGAAAAAUAAAUUGGAGUUCAAAAAUUGACCUAAAACUCCAAGGAGUUUACACGACCACCUACUCACACAGUCCUACGCAUGAAUGAUACAGGCACAGUCUACAGACGGUUAACAUGGUCGAUCAUACGCCAUGUGGUAACGUAGAUAAACCUACAGAAAAGAUUUUAACAGAGAAUAAUCAUCUGAGAUCAUCCACAGAAUAAAUUACGUGGUAAAGAAAAAUCAAUGUUUCAAUGUUGUAAUAAAAAUAUUACUCAAACAGACACACUACUGAUCAAAUGAAUAUUUUCACUGUCGAAAUAUCAUUUUUACUGACCAAAAAAUUAUUCUAUUUCCUUAAUCAAGAGAUCUUUAAUUACUGAUCAAUUCAACCCAAAUCAAGGGCGUUUUUUUAUUCUUUCACUGCAAGAACUUUUCCAUCCUAAAAUGUCCUUUUGCAAGAAAAAAACAAACCCCAAAAUAAAAAUUACUUUGAUCAAAGAGAUUUUGCAGGUGGUUUCGCUGGUUGAAACAGCAAAUAUCGUAAUUGCUAAAGAAUUCCUAAUCUUUGUACGAUAUAUUGCUGUAGCAGGCAGCGAAGUAUAUAAAGAAAAACAUAUUUAAAAAAAUAUAUAUAAAAAAAAUAGAUAAAAAAUGUAUAACAAAAUAUACCUAUAGCAAAAUAAAUGGAAAAUGUCUAGAAAUAUAAACAUAAAAAAAAUAUACAUAAUAAUCAAUUUAUUGCUGUUGGAAAACCCAUAGAAACCAAUGCAAUUUCAAUGGGUGCAAAUGAAGGAAAAUUAAAAUCAUUCCACAUUUUAAAUGAAAACACAAAAAACACAAAUUGAUGGAUAAAAAAAAUGAAAGAAAGUAUGUGAAAAUGAGAGAUAUUGUGGCAAGAAAAAUUAUUUUUCUACAUGAAAAUUAAUUAAAGUUGUAAAAUGCCAGAGCUUGAUGAAUUUUUAUAGAGAUUAAGGCUUCAAUUUUCAGACAAUUUUCUUUUUAUUUGUAUUUUUCUGCAAACACCUACAUAGAAGUAAUGAAAUACACGCAGAUUGUGCUGCAAGAACCUUUGAAGAUCAAGUAGUAGAACGCGCAGAAAAGAAAAUUGCAAUGGGGAUUUAUCACACUUAAUUCAGAUUUGUUUUAAAAAUAUUUUAAUUUCUCAUAAAUCGAACUCCAAAAAUUGCCUAGAAAAGUCAAUUCUCACUGAAAAUUUUUGAAAUUUUGCCGAAAAGAUUGUAAAACUUGUCAUUUAAUCGGAUCUGUUUGACUUUUAUGAAGAAUAAAAAUUUUUGAAUAAAUCUGGAUUAAGUUUCAAGCGUUUGAUGCUUUUUUAACUUCUGCAAGAGAAACAAUGCAAACAGCACAGGCGAAAUAUGUCUUACUGCCAAAAACAUUCGGAAACGUUCAAAUUUGGCACUAUCCGAUUUAAAUAAAUAAAACAAAAAUUUUUUAUAUUAAUCAAUUUUUGAUUAAACGUGAGCUCUUUUCAGGAAAUGCGUUUAAAGAGUUUCACAGAAGCCAUAUUUCAUAGAAGUCAUUGUACGGAUAAGUGGCCCAGUGUAGUAACUGAAUACACUUAAAUCUUGUGAAAAAAAAAUUUAAGGAAAUUGUAAAGGUGCAUUUUUGGUCGUUUUUUGUGGCUAAUUAUUUUCUAUUUUCAGCCGACAUUUCGGAGUGUCUGAGUCCUUUUUCAGAGCCUACAACAUUUGAAAGAAUACAAAAAAUCAAAAAUGAUGUAGGCCCUGAGGAAGGACUCAUACAGUCCGAAACGUCGGCUGAAAAUUAAAAAAAAAUUAGCAGAAAAAGCAACCGAAAAUCCGCUUUUUCAAUUUUCUUACCUAAAAUCUCUUAACUGUCAAAUCGUACUUCGAUUGAAUACAAAAUGCACAACGUCCACUUAUUUGGUCAAUGGCUUCGAUGGCUUUUGUGGGAAACCAAAGCCAAACGUUUAAUGGUGCUAUGCAGGAAAAGAAUGUCAAGAGAAAAUGAUCAUGACAUUUUUUCCUGACAUUUUUUGUCAUUCCCUCUCUCUCCCACUAAUGUAUUUCUGUAUCUUUCGUCUUUCUCCCACGCAUGGUGACGACAUUUUCAUCAUUCUUUUCUGUGCACUCAACAUGUUUUUCAUUUCGUAUUAUUUUCUCAGUAUUUGGGGAUAUUUUUCCAUGAAAAAGUGAAAAUGGGCUUUGCUGAAGUGUUCUCAGUGCCAGGAAAGCCGUGAAAAGUGGAAAUUUAUGGUCAUUUAGCGGCCAAAUAUGUGAAAAUGCGCGAAGUGAAAAAUCAAAACAUUCUUUCCCUGACCAAUUUUUACGGGAUAUUUUUCUGUAUUUUCACGACACAAAUCACUUCCUGCAGGAUUUUUGGACCUUCCCACAGGUCAUUUGCAACACGGAAGGUCUGUGUGGGGGGCAGGAAAAUGCUUCCUGGGUGGUGGAAUCCCACCUGAACGCGGAAAAAAUUGGUCCGGGAGUGAAUGUUUUGCUGUAGAAACUGCACAGUUUUCACUUAUUUGGCCAAUAAAUACCCCCGAUUUUCCACUUUUCACACCUUCACGGACACUUAGAACACUUCCACAAGUCGCUUUUCACUUUUCCCGAGCUAAAAUAUCACAAUUUACAGAGAAAAUUGCAGAGAAAACUAACAAACACGUUGACUUCAUAAGAGCUGGAAAAAGAAUGACAGAAAAAAACAUGUUCCUGCGACAUUCUUUUUCAAGCUCUUGCGUAGUCAACAUGUUUCUUAUUUUUCGUCAAUUAUCUCUGUGAAUUGUGAUAUUUUAUCUAGGGAAAAGUGAAAAGCGGCUUGUGGAAGUGUUCUUAGUGCCUGUGAAAGUGUGAAAAGUGGAAAAUCGUGGGUAUUUAUCGGCCAAAUAAGUGAAAACAGUGAAGUUCGACAGCAAAACAUUCACUCCCGGACCAGUUUUUCGCGUUAGGUGGGAUUCCACCACCCAGAAAGCAUUUCCCUGACCCCAAGCAGACCUUCCCUUUGCAGAUGACCUGUAGGAAGGUACAAAAAGCCCGCAAGAAGUGAUUCGUGUGGUCAAAAUCCAGAAAAGUAUCCCGUAAAAAUCAAUCCGGAAAAGAAUGUUUUGAUUUUUCACUUCGCACAUUUUCACAUAUUUGGCCGAUAAAUGACCGUAAAUUUCCAUUUUUCACUGUUUUCCUGGCACUGUGGGCUCUUUAGCUAAGCAUUUUCCACUUUUCUUUGGGGAAAAUACCCCCAAAUGUUGAGAAAAUUCAAGGAAAUAAAAACAUGUUGUGCGCAAGAAAAAAAGCAUGCCAUGAAAAAAAAAAAUGUCGUCACCAUGCGUGGGAGAAAGACGAAAGAUAGGAAAAUACAUUAGUGGGAGUGAGAUGGAAUGACAAAAAAAUGUCAGGAAAAAAUGUAAUGAUCAUUCUUUCUUGACAUUCUUUUCCUGCAUAGCACCAUAAACAAUUUUUUUUACAUAUACAAAGGUUUUAUUUUAAUUAUUUAAAUCGAAUGGUGCGAAAUUUGGACGUUUCCGAAUUUGUUUUAGGUUUUACGCCAUUUUUUAGUUUCUCCUAGACUAAAAACGGGGUAAUUUCUCUUAUUCUUUCCCAUGCAGAAAGUUCCAACAACAAGUGCUUGAAGCUUUUAAGUGUGCUAAAACAAUUUUUUAUAAAAUUGUGACGUAAUUCAAAAUGGCUCUUCCAAGAAGAUUCACUUUUCACGUUUUUGACAGUUAAUUUAAGUAAAUGACAUAUGGAUGACAGAAGCUGUUAACUGAUAACUGUCAAAAAAAUCACCAAGUAUUUCACUAAUUAUUGUAUCUGCUACGAAGUGGAUUUUUCGAAGCAACAAUUUUGACAGAUGGAAUUGAGGCCAUUUUUGAAAAUCAUCAACUGCGUGUGAGCUACUUGAUUCAGUAAAAUUCGUAUCUGUCAACCACUUUCAACCUCAUUUUUGCAAGAAGCUGCAAGCAAAAUCUUCAACAUUUGCUGUCUAAAAACUACCUUGAAGUAAAUUUUAAAACAAAAAUAACAUAGUAAGAAAAAUAAGUAAAAAAAAAGAAAACAAUUUGGGGUCGACUUCCAGUAGCUAUAAAAUACUAAAGUUUUGAAGAUGGGGGUGCUAUUUUUGUAAAUUUUAUAGAAACUGGAAGUAAACCAAUUAAGAAACCAUAAAAAUAGCCAUAAAGUAAUAUAAAUGUUGACAAUGGAAAUUAUGCAGAGAAAUUCACACGAUCAUUGAAAUUAAUUUCAAUGAUUGCCAUUUUUUGCCGUACAAGCAGGAGAAAAAUCAAAGAUGGAAAUAUCAAUGAGCUAAAAGAUAAAUGUAAAAAAAACAAAAAUGUAAAUGUGUAUACAGAUAUUUUCAUAAUGCAGUUGCGCACAAUUUUGCGGUGAAUAUUAGGCGCUGUUUUUUGAAGUUUUUCUUCUUAAAAUACUAAAAAAUAAUAUUUUCACAAUUGAGCGCCAUAUUGAAAGUUAGAAAUUAUAUUGAAAACAGCAAGAAUAACAUAGAAAACAAGAUGGCGGCGCUUUAAGGUGCUUAAAAUACUGCAAUGAAAAUAAAUUUUAAUACAAAUAAAUUCAUUAAUUGAGUGAGCAUUAAGCAAUUUGGCCACCACAAAAGUAUAAAUCACAAUCAAUCGUAAGCUUAUGGUUAAUAUUUGUUUUAGUAUACCUACAAAUUAUUUUGUAGCUGCCUCAGUAUUCAUCGGAAGUGCAAAGCUGAUGAAAAUAUAAUCAUUUUAUGUCAAUUAA